GAGUCAUGUCCGUCAUUAUAACUUCCGUAUGAUUGAUCACGUGACGUCGUCCCACCCUGAACACACAAACUUUGUAUCUUGAUUUUCUAGUGUUUUUAUAAAUUUUCAAGAUGAGUCGGACAACAGUAGACCUUUCUCAUGAACAAAUCGAUGAACUAGUGGCAGCUUUUCAAACGAUGGACAAUGACCACAGUGGUUUCAUUGAAGCAUCAGAACUACAGUCUGCCUUAGAACUGGUUGGAAUGAAGCUACCUGGGUAUGAAGUAAGAGACCUGAUCAAUCAGUACGACUCAAAGAUUAAGGAUGGAAAACUGGACAUUGAUGAAUUCCAGAACUUAUAUGCCAAGUUAAGAAGAGAAAAAGAUUUUGGAAUUAAAUACAAGAAACAAGUAGUAACAAGAAAAGACAUUGAAACACAUGGUGGUACUUCCCAUGCUUCUGUAGAAGGCACAACACAUACUGUGAAGAAAGCAGAAACAACAGCAUUCGCAGAAUGGAUUAAUAGAAAUUUGAAAGAGGAUCCUGACUGUAAAAAUCUUUUACCAAUAGACCCAGAAACAGAUGAUUUAUAUAAAUGUGUCAGAAAUGGUAUUUUAAUAUGUAAAUUGAUCAAUUGCUCAGUCCCAGACACCAUAGAUGAAAGAACAAUCAACUUAGAUGACAAAAUAAGUGUGUACAAAAUGCACGAGAACCAUGUGUUAGCCUUAAACUCUGCUAGUUCUAUAGGAUGUAAUAUUGUCAAUAUUGGUGCCCAAGAUUUGAUGGACGGCAAACAACAUUUGGUGCUUGGUCUCUUGUGGCAAGUCAUUAAGAUUGGUUUGUUGAGUGAUAUCAACUUGAUGAAUCACCCAGGACUUGUAUUACUGUUGGAGGAUGGUGAAGAACAGGCUGAUCUUCUGAAAUUGUCCCCAGAACAAAUCCUAAUCCGAUGGGUUAAUUAUCAUCUCAGAAAUGCUGGCAUUAACAGACAGAUUGCAAACUUUGGGGGAGAUAUCAAGGAUUCCGAGGCAUACAGUCAUUUGUUGAACCAGAUUUCACCAAAAGACAGUGGAGUAUCCUUAGCUCCAAUGAGUGAGAAUGAUGAUACGAUGAGAGCUGAAGCUAUGUUGUGUGAAGCUGACAAGAUUGGAUGUCGUAGUUUUGUUGGACCUAAAGAUGUUGUUACUGGCAACGUUAAAUUGAAUCUGGCUUUUGUUGCUAACUUAUUCAACACAUAUCCAGCUCUAGUGCCUCCAGAAGACAUUGAAUUUGUGGAAAUUGAAGAAACAAGAGAAGAGAAAACAUACAGAAACUGGAUGAACAGUAUGGGUGUCAAUCCCUUUGUAUCAUACCUGUACAAUGACCUGAAAGAUGGACAUGUUAUUUUCCAACUGUAUGACCAUAUCAAACCAGGAUGUGUGGACUGGAACAAAGUUGUCAAGAAAUUUAACAAGAUGAGAGUUAAUUUUGAAAAAUUAGAGAAUUGCAACUAUGCAGUAGAAUUAGGAAAACAAUGCAAGUUUUCACUGGUUGGAAUUGGUGGUCAAGAUAUUCUUGAGGGAAAUGAAACACUUACAUUAGCUCUGGUAUGGCAGUUGAUGAGAGGAUACACAUUAUCACUGUUAACUAAGAUAUCUGGCAGUGAUUCACCAAUCAAUGACAAGGCUAUUACAGAAUGGGCCAAUGGAAAGUUGAAGGAAGGUGGAAAGAAAACCUCAUUACGCUCAUUCCAAGAUUCAUCUCUCAAUGACAGCAGAGCCAUAUUAGAUUUAAUUGAUUGCAUCAAAAGAAAUAUGGUCAACUUUGAUUUAGUCAAAGAUUGUUCAAAUGAAGAGGAACGAUUGUCAAAUGCUAAAUAUGCUAUUUCUAUGGCAAGGAAAAUUGGAGCAAAAGUGUAUGCUCUUCCUGAGGACAUUGUUGAAGUUAAACCAAAAAUGGUGAUGACAAUUUUUGCAUGUCUGAUGUUCAAAGACUUGCAGGUGAACAAGCCACAAGAAGAUUGAAGAACUUUCAUCUGAUCAAACUUUUAUGCUAAUUUAAUUCAUUAAUAACACAUGAUAUCAGUAUUUUAAUCAUUUGUUGAGGAUGUGAGUGAGGAGAAAAAUGUGGGAUGGGAUGGUCAAAAUCAAACUGCUUUGCUUCCGCCAAAAUUUAUUCACGUAAAAUUUUGACAGACAUUGAUAACUGCUGUCUUAUAUUUUUAAAAAGGGGAAGUAACAAAUCAAGUUUUAUCUAUGUAUGUUGCGCUUCUGCUGAAAAAUUUAGAAUGAAAAAAGAAUUUUAUUGUAUAUAAAGUGGAGCUUAUUUAUAUGACUACUGAUAAACAGGGGUAAAUUAUUGGAAAUUAUAAUUAGAUUUUUCUAAGAAUAUAUUUAUACAAUGUUUUCAACAACAAUUUUUUUAGAGACUUUAAAGGAAGAAUUCUUGUUCUUUUGGAUAUAUUAUUAACGAGAAAUAUUCUUGUGUCAUUAAGCUAGAUCUCGUUCAAAAUCUUUUUGUAUCAUUUUGAUAAAAUUGACCGUAGAAGAAGCUAAAAAUAUUUGCCAUAUUAGACUAGAAUCAAGGACUAUAUUGAUAGUAAAUUUAGAUAUGAUAUUCAGUAUAGCUUGAAGGAUUAGAUUUUAGUGCAAAAUUUGUAUUGUUCACUUGAUAUGACAUUGGGCUUAAAUAUGGUUCCUAAACAAAAUUGGAGGAGAGUUUGACCUUCAAAGUUAUGUCCCUUUAAUCAUGUCAUAUCAGGUCAACAAUAUUAAAUUUUAAUGUAUAGUUUUCCAAAUGUGAUAAUUGAACAAUCAUGACCAGAUUUUUACAUUAGUGUAUUCAAGUGAAAUGUGAAAAAAAUAAAUGAUAAGUUUCCAUACUUUUGCAUACCUGACCAUGCAUGGUAUAAUAUUUCAAACAGUAUUUUUAUUUAUUGGUGCAGAGCAUUCACAAUUGAACCAUUUAACUUUUACAUAUAUAUGAUAGUUUUACAUUCCUCAGCAACCUGCCAUAUGCAUGAUAAUUAUGUGUACAAUUUGUAUCAAAUGGAUACAUGUAUGAGUUAGCUAAUGGUAUAGGUUUGGACCAAUUUUUACAUUCAUGACAUUGCAUGGGUUUGGACCAUUUGUACCAGAUAAAGAGUACCUAUCAUUUUGAAUCACUAAAAAGGAAAAGAUUUAGUUUGCUUGCAGAGUUUGUUUUAUAAAGAUGUGACUAGUGUGUCCAUUGAAUUUUGUAUGAAUUGACCACUGCUAAACUGUUUACGUUUGUUCCAGACGUUAUUUUUUAGAUUUUUAAAUGAGUUUGACCAAUAACCAAUGCAUUCCUGGCAUAAAUUUUUGAAUGUUUUAUGUUAAGUUUUUAACUAUGUAUGAUAAAGGGACCAUGUAUAUACAUGUAUAAGAUUAUUGUAUAAUUUUCCAUAACCAAGUGAUAUUUACAAAUGAUCAAAUAUUUGUGUUGAGGGCUGUUUCAUUUCAACAUAUAGAAUUGAUUCUUACACAGAACUUGAUUUUCUAAUCCUUGAAAUAUUACUUUUAUCUGAAAGAAGAAUGUUUGUCUAUCUCUCUGAGCAGGCUCACAUGUGUGUUUAAAUGAAACAGUUUUUCAAUGUCUUCCAAGUGCAUUGUUUAAAUCACUAGUUAAGCUGGACCAAUUGAAUUACAAAGGGACCAUAUAUGCAUGUUUUCAGUUUUAUAGCCAAAAAUAAAUAAAGCUAUUUACAAGAAAUGUUAUGUCUCAUAUGAAGCUGUGCGAAAGUUAAAUAAGUAAUCUGUGAUAGCUACAAGUUUAUUUUAUAGGUCAUUUCAAAUAAGGUCAAUAUAAUCUUAUUUUGGCGUGUCUCUAUAAUGUCUCUGAAAAUAUCUAAAUUUAUUAUUUUUCAGCAUGCACUGUUUAUGCUUUGUAAAUAUAACUAACUGACUAAAACCUAAAUGCAAAGAAAUUUCUGAAUUUGUUUAUAGAUCUAUACAAUAAUAUUAAAAAAAAUGGCAAUAAUUAUUUUUGUUUGUUCAAAUAGAUUUUUUUUUGGUGCCUUUGCUGGUCAGUAUUCAAAAGCUUAAGCAGAACGCUUAGAUGUCUGGUAGAAAUAUAUACAACAAUUUUUUAGUGUAAUUUUUGUUAAAACUGCUAGGAAUUAUGAUAAAUCAAAAUUUCAAUCUUGUUUGUUAGUCAUUUUGUAGUAUAUGUUAAAAGUUUGUUUAUCUAUCCUACAUAAGUCCCCAUUUGUUAAAGAAAUCUAGAAUAGCGAUCUCACAGAAAAACACCAAUUUUGGCCUCAAUACUAUUGAAUGUUAAGGCCCAACUAUUGGCUGGUAGAUAUUGAAUGUGUAAUAGGUGGAAACAAGAAGUAAUUUUCACCAAGUCUUUUUUAAUUUCUUCCAUUUAACAAGUUUUUCAAGGUUUGUAAAAUCAUUAGUUUCCGGCCUCUGGUGUAAUAGUUCAAAAUCAUUUUGUUUAAAAGAACUACUUGGUUACGGUAACUUUGUUUUUAAGUACGAAUUCUAUUACAAUGUAUAUAACUUGGAGAAAAUGUAUAUGUGUGACAUGUAUAUGUAAUAUCUGGUACAGCAAUAAUAAAUAUAGGUACUGCUUUUUUUUAAACUUCGUCUUGGCUUACAGAGCAGGAUAUUUUAUAUUUUUAAUGUAGUAUGAAAUAAUAUUACUAAAAUUAAUAUGUUAAAUGAAGCAAUAUGCAAAGUUCUUAUACUUUGAUUAUUUUCUCCAAUGAUAAAAAAAAUAGACCGUGAAAUAUUUGAAAGGUCACAAAUUUAAAGGCUUUUGUUGGUAUUAUGGUGUAUCAUUUUAUAAUAAUUUAUAUAAGACUGGAUUAUUUAUUUAGGCUACUCACUUUUGUCGGUUGAGGAGAAGAAAAAAUUAAAGUGUUCAACAAAACACAUAUUUCUUGUAGGUUUUCAUUCAGAUUAUUUAUAAAACCAUGAAUUUAAAAAUCCAAGGAAAUGAACUUUACCCCAACCCACAAAAAUGAAUGAUCUUAAAAAAACAAAUGUAUUCACAGUAAAAAGAUUCUUUAUAUAAAGGAAGAAAACAUGAAACAUUUUUGGAGCUAGAUUUUUACAAUAUCAGAUUAUAAUAAUUAUUUUUAUCAUUUUUAUAUUAAGUUUACCAUUGUUUCUAUCAUUUCUUUUUUUUUAUUUAUUCCAUAUUGUUUUUUUGGAAUGCUAAUUUGUUGAUACUAUUGUCUGUUAUUUGCACAGCAUUUUAUGUAUAUUCUAUAUUAUAUAUAUUUUUGGCUAAUUUUUGAGGAUUUGUAUAUAUGUUUAUGGUGAGAGCUUGAUGCUUAAUAAAUUAAUUCCAACAAAUUCUGCUAAAACCUGGUAUAAACAUAUUUGUAUGAAUGAUAGAUUUCUUAAAUAAACAUAUCAAUAUUA